AUGUCACAACAAAAUGGCAUUUCCGCUAAUGCUGCACCGGAAGCGGAGACGGAGUCGAAAGGAGCGCUUGUCUAUUUAAAAAAAUUAUGGAUGUAUAGAAAGUAUUUAGUCAUUGAACCAUUCUUCUUCUUCUAUUUAAUGGCUAGUGUUUUUAACGCUGUUGCAAUGCAAAAUUUCCCACUUGACAAGGCAUGUCGCGUCAAUUUAGGUUAUAAUAAAAUUGUUUGCGACACCACAUUGGACAAAUCGGAGCUGGGCAUAGAGUGUGAGGGAUUCAAUUUCGAAAACACGACGUUGGGUGCAACAUCAGCAGAUGGCGCACUCACUAUCGGCUCUAUGGGUUUUAACUACACCGUCUGCAAGGCGGAAGUGGAGGCGCAAAAAUUGGCGGCCGAUGUAUCCGGCAAACGAGCACCCAUUGCUGCUAUUUUCCCUUUGAUUGUGCUACUUUUUGCCGGUGGCUGGUCUGAUCGUUACAACAAACGGAAGCCAUGUAUGAUUAUGCCUAUUGUCGGUGAAUUCCUUUCCUUUUCGUGUUUGCUUAUUUCGGCAAUCUUUUUCGAUUCGUUACCAAUGGAAUUCGGUGCAUACUGUGAGGCGAUUGUGCCGGCAUUAUUUGGUGGACUCACUUUUUGUUUGAUGGCUGUUUAUAGUUAUAUAACUAUAGCGACACCGGAAGAAGAUCGUGUAUUCAGGUUUGGCAUAUUCGCAAUGUUCAUCACUGCAGUACCUUUUAUUGGCCAACCCAUAAGUGGCUUUCUGUUUCAACAAUUGGGUUAUAUAUUUUCCUUUGGCAUGGCGGCCUCAUUCCAAAUCAUUGCCAUCUUAUAUAUAACAUUCUUUAUUCAAGAGGUAAAACCUGCACCGAAAUCGGAUGUAAAAGUUGAUGAAGACCUCCCUCCACCCUUACCCGCACAUGGCCCACCCGCAUUAAAUGUUGGCGCUGAUAAUUUGGCUUAUGAACCAGCGGUGGGUGUUGAUGAAGUGGAUCGUGUGAAGAAUGUUAGUUUUGAAUUGAAUUCACGAUUACAAUCGUCGGACAAGGCAGCACAUCAUUUGUCGAAAGCCGAAACUGUGGAGCCACCGAGACGUUCAUUUUUGCGGGAAUUUUUCGAUCCAACUCUGGUGAUAGACUGUAUUAAAUUUCCACUAAACAAACGACCCAAUCAUGGUAGAAUGCUGCUGAUCUUACUGAUCUUUGCAUAUUUUUUAACACUGGGUCCAGUCUCAGGCGAAAAUGACUACUGGUAUCGUUACACGUUAAUCAAACUCAAUUGGAAUGGCAAUGAUUUUAGUUUCUUCUUCACAUUCUCAUCUGCUGCUGCAUUAGUUGGUACUUUCAUUGGUACAGCAAUACUUAGCAAGCUGCUGAAAUUCGCGGAUUCUACCAUUGGUAUUUUAUCGGCGGUGGCGAUUGUUAUUUCGCGUAUUUUGUUCGCCUUUGCUAAGGACACAAAGUCCUUUUACGUCGCUGGUGUUGUUGAUAUGUUUGUGAGUCUACGUGUGAUUGCCAUUAAAACGAUCGGCUCUAGUAUUGUUGAAGGGGAGGAGUUGAGUAAAAUGUACUCAAUAUUUGGAAUUAGUGAGCCAAUCGGUCAGUUUAUAUUCCCGCCCAUCUUUAGUGCUAUCUAUCAGGACACUGUGGAAAGUUUUCCGGGUGCGAUUUUCCUCUUUGGCGAGAUCUUUUAUGUACCUAACGUGCUUGUGUUUGUCCUGUGUUAUAUAAUUUUACGGCGCAACAAAAACAAAAGCAAAGAAACUUCUGCUGAAACUGGCAAUGGGAAUGCUAGUCCCGCGACCCCAGAUUGCGAAAUAACUAGUCUAUGAUAUUUGUAUUGUAUAUAUAAUAUGUAUAUAAAAUA